AUGUUGUGGAGGGAUCUGGUCUGCGUCUGUCUCCUAACAGUGGCCAUUCACUCAGUGGUGGAAGGUUCAAGCACUCGCGAUGUCAGCAAAAAACAUGAAAAUGAGGUGUCAUUCAAAGACCUGCAGUCGGUCGAAACAGGUGUCUGGAGCCAGGGGAAGCCGAAGAGACUGUUUGCCAGAAGAGGACUGCCGCAUCGUCAGAAACCAUCGGCGCUGCAUCGUGUCGCUAAGCCCAAGCAGUCCAAGCACCCCAAGCAGCAGCCGGCGGUGCCGGUCCGGCGGUGCCCGCGGGUGAUGGAGAGCUGUGUGCCUAACAUGCCCUGCUGCGACCCCUGCGCCACCUGCCACUGCCGCUUCUUCAACAUCAUCUGCCACUGCUGGAGGCUGGGCCGGCACUGCCCCAAGAAGACCUAG